CUCCGCAUAUUAUUUACCGACCCAUCCUUUUUUUCAAAAUGCUAUGUUACUAUAUUUCAAUAAGUACGCGAAGGCAGCAUAUGUCUUCCCGGCGGUGCUGUGAUAUUGAGAGGUCAUACAUUUUCAAAAACCAGGGAGUUAAGAGCAGUGUUGUACGUUUGUGCCUGAGCACUAAUCAACAUUUCUGAGUGAAGAAGCCAGGAUGUCAGAAGAGGUGUCCCGCAACAUAAACAUCAAGGAGCCAAGAUGGGACCAAGGCACGUUCACGGGCCGCGCCAAGCACUUCUUCAUGGUCACGGACCCCAGGAACGUCCUGCUGUCCUCUGAGACUCUGGAGGAGGCCAGAGUGACUGUGGAGAACUACAGAGCUGGGAUCGUGAAGCCUGGUCUGACGGAGGAUGAGCUCUGGAGAGCCAAAUACAUCUAUGACUCUGCCUUCCACCCCGACACAGGGGAGAAGAUGUUUGUGAUUGGCCGGAUGUCUGCUCAGGUGCCAAUGAACAUGUCCAUCACAGGCUGCAUGCUCACCUUCUACAGGACUACUCCAGCAGUGGUGUUUUGGCAGUGGGUUAACCAGUCCUUUAACGCCGUCGUCAACUACACCAACCGCAGUGGAGACGCACCCAUGACCGUGAACCAGCUCGGUGCAGCCUACGUCAGUGCAACAACUGGAGCCGUAGUCACUGCACUGGGACUCAAGUCUCUAGCUACGCGUCUCCCUCCAAUCAUCAGUCGGUUUGUCCCUUUUUGUGCUGUUGCUGCUGCUAACUGUAUCAACAUUCCCUUCAUGAGGCAGAGGGAGUUAAAGUACGGUAUCCCUGUAACUGAUGAGAAUGGAAACCGGUUAGGAGAGUCUCCAAAUGCUGCCAGACAAGCCAUCGUGCAGGUGGUGGUGUCGAGGAUUGGGAUGGCGAUGCCUGCAAUGGCCAUUCCUCCUGUCAUAAUGAAUGCUCUGGAGAAGAGAGCUUUCAUGAAGCGGUUUCCAAUUCUUAACGCUCCAGUCCAGGUGGGACUUGUUGGUUUGUGCCUGGUGUUUGCAACUCCUCUGUGCUGCGCCCUGUUCCCUCAGAAAAGCGCUAUGAGUGUUAGCGGGCUGGAAGAAGAUCUGCAAGAAAGGAUACGAAAGACCAGUCCUCACAUCACCACUGUCUACUUCAACAAAGGCCUGUAGGAGCAGCAAGCACAUUUCCAUGCAUAUGUUGAGACACACACACACACACGCACACACAUAAACACUCAUACACAUAGUGCUCUGGAUUCAGUUGGAAGGGUGAAAUAAAAUAUAUUUGCAGGGGUUGUUGUUUUGUUUUGUUAAGGCUCUUUUUUUCUCUCUUGAGAGAAGAGCGCCAUCUAUUUACAGUUUAUUGUUUUCUGGCGUGUUUUUUGUCUUCCGCUGGUCACAGCUGAACUUUUGGAUGGCUAUUCAUGAAGUUACUGAUUUGUCCUCAACCCGCCAAUAUCUUGCGUUGCAUUCAGGUUCAUUUCUGAUUCAGUUAAAAUGAAGACUCAUGUGUGUAUGUAACAGUCUGAGUGUUCUUCUGAAUGUAACAGUCUUUUCUGCCUUGUGCUCCCACUUUUUCCAGUGUAUAUUCCAGUGUCAUAUAUUUCACACUGACAGUUUUGUUAAAGCUUGAGGCCACCAACUCAGUUGCCCCAAGAAAACUGUAUAUUAAGUCACUCUAAAUAGCCCGACUCCUGUUGAAGUUCCUGUUUUGUUGUACCAUGCCUGUUGUUACCCAGUGCAGCUUCUUACCCUCGUCUACUCUCCUCUAAGUGUACUUAUGCCCUUCAUAUUCUUAGUCAAAGUAAUGAGGUGCUCAGUACCUGUGGCAAAGAUCUUUAUAUAGCAAAUCGCUCAUCCUAUAUCAGUCAACACUACAAACUGUGGUUCUCAUCAGCAUAAAUAUGUACUGUGGCAGCCUGGGUUUUUUUUUCUUCUUAAAGGUGACGGCGCUUUUAAGUAGUGGUAUCCGGUGGAAAGAGGAUAGUGUGUUGUGUGUACAUGAGGAAGUAGAAAUGCUGUUGAUAUCGUUGAUAAGGAUUUUAAAUUAUCUUAAAUGUAUUGCUGCUGUUAUGUGAAUACUAACUCGCAGUUUGGAGGGUUUUUUUUUUUUUAGUGUUUGCACCUGACCUGAAGUGGGCUGGGAGAUAUCAAAACACACAGAUUGUCAAAAGCGCGAGAGCCACUGAUGUCCUAUUGAACCAAAGGACAGUAAUAAAUGUUGUGUAAUAGGUCAAAAUAGUAAACUCCUGGUUAUAGGUCAUCGUAGCUGUGCGCACAGUGUUUGUUGCUGCUUUGUUAAUGUGGACAGCUCGGCCGAGUUUGAGCAUCUUUGAUCAACAGUCAUUCACAUUGUUGACCAAGCUCUCCAAACGCAGUGUCUCCAGUGUGGUUAGAUAGUGAUGAUGGUGUCUUAGUGGUGUAAAAAUAAUUAUAUUUUUCUUGGAUAUAUUUAUGUACAAAGCACAUAUAAUGUAGAAGCUACAAAGCACAUUUUUGAGGGAUUUUAGAGAUUUUAAUUAAAAUGUAUGCCUCUGUUAGUGAAAGCAUCAGAUGGCCCCACAUAUGCACUUGGAAACAAUGUCCUCUCCUCUUGAUACAGUAGUGUACAUAUAUAUAGUGUAACUUAUUGCAAAUGACUAGGAGCUUCUCCUGCUUCAAGACCAAUCAGUUCUCAGAUUAGAGGAGUGUUCCUAAAGUUUGAUUUAUCAGUGUUGCAAAUUACCAGCUCGGAUUCAGUGUUAGUAUAAAGUGAUGUUUUGUGUAUGUUGGUUAAAAAUGUGACCACGGUAAGAUUGUAUAGAUCACCAAAAUUCAUCUCCAUUAAGACACUUAGAUGUAGUUGUGGACAGAUGUUGGGCGUUAAGGGACUGUAGUAACCGCACAGCAUUUGCAUUUUUGUGAAUGGACUUUUUGUACAGAUACCAAUGCGCAGUGAUUGUGUUAAUGUGCGAUUCCAACAUUCAGUAGCUUUAAUCACCAAACGUUAGGAGAGUGUUGCUACUUGAAACUUAAAUGAAAGUGUACGUAGUGUUUUUUUUUAACUAUUGGCUAUAUGAACACUUCACUCCCUUUCAUCUCAUCCACGUGAACAGAAGGCUUCUGUUUGAGUCCCCUGCUUGAAUUAGACACCGACAUGGGGUCACAUGCACUGCAGGACAGUGUUUCACACUUGGCAUCACUACUAUAGUCUAUAUGUAGAAGUGUUUGCAGUGCCCACUGAAGAGCUUUUUGCUACGAUGCUGACUGCAGCUACUGUGUGAUGUGUUUGCUGUGCUGCUGUAGGAGUUAACUGGAUUUGUGUUGCUGUUUUAAAGGAGCUUUUACAAGUGUGCAUUGAUGACUGUGAGUUUUCAUAAUGCUGACUAAAUCGUGGCUUCGCAUCUGCUAAUUUUUAAUCAUUUGUGGUCUGCUAGCUUCCGUUGCUCGUAACCAAGUUGCUUUGUUCCAAUCUUUCUCCUUUUCUACUCGCGUUUUGGUGCACAAACGUUUAAGAACAAAACUGAGGGGUUUGAGUCGGCAUUCAGACACGUUUGGAAACUUUCAUCGUCCCAGCUUGUGACUGUGUUCUACCACCGUAUCAUGUCACACCUGUAGAGCCAGCCAAAGAUGAAACGGGUAAAGGACUGAGGAAGUGUGUAGCUUUUUAAAAGUUUUUGUUUCAGCUUUAGCAAAUGGACCUUUUGCCAUACUUGUGCAAAAACAGUUUGUUUUUUGUGUAUUUUAACACAAGUGGUCCUCUCCACCAAAUCCAUUGUCUUGAAUACAAAGCUACAAGUUUGAAAAUGUAAAGAAAGUCCAACACACACUUUAUUUUUGGAAUUCAUUUUUUUGCCAUUGAUUUUAUUGACAGUAACAUUUUAGAUCACAGAGUUCUUUCAGUGUUUUACAACUUUGCAUACUGAAGGCAUGCAUGGAAAAGUCAUGUCAUGCUACACUCCAUGAAUGUUUGGUUAUUUUAUAUACAUACAACUCACAUACAUGUAGACUUAUAAGUAUUUGUGUUUUCUCCCUCUGUUUGUAUUGUUUUGAAAUGUAUAUUUCCUGGACGUGAGAUGUAUUUUAAUCUGAGCAAUAGAAUAAAAUGUGUAACAUCAA